AAGUCAUCUGUGUGAGAGAGAGGAAGCGAGAGAGAGGAAGCGAGAGAGAGAGAGAGAGAUGUGUUCAGUUUCCGGGCCGUUGUGAUGGACACUGUGAUGAAGGACGGCCAGAGACUGCAGUGUUCAAAUCUGACAGAGGAAAGCAGUGAAGUUCUGUCCUCAGUCCUAAGCUCUUCAAGGCUGAGAGAGCUGGACCUAAGUGGGAACAUCCUGCAGGAUUCAGAGGAGAAGCUGCUAUCUGCUGGACUGGAGACUCAACACUGUAUGCUGGAGAUACUAAGGUUGUGUUGGUGUGAUCUUUCAGAACAAAGCUAUAGAGUUCUGUCUUCAGUUCUCAGCUCACACUUGUUCAGACUGAGAGAACUGGACCUGAGUGGGAACAAAGUGCAGAUAUCAGAACUGAAGCUUCUCAGUGGUGGACUGGAGAACCCUCACUGUACCCUGGAGACCCUGAGGUUGUGUUGUUGUAACCUGAUGGAGGAAAGCUGUGGAGCUCUGUGCUCAGUCCUGAUCUCCUCCAGGUUGAGAGAGCUGGACCUGAGUAGCAAUUCUCUGCAUGAUUCAGGAGUGAAGCUGCUCUCUGCUGGACUGAAGACUCCAUGGUGUACACUGGAGAAACUGAGGUUGUGUUUGUGUAAUCUGAUGGAGGAAAGCUGUAGAGUUCUCUCCUCAGUUCUCAGCUCAAACUCCUCUAGGCUGAGAGAGCUGGACCUGAGUAACAACAACCUGCAAGAUUCAGGGGUGAAGCUGCUCACUGCUGGACUGGAGACUCCACACUGUACACUGGAGAUACUGAGAUUGUAUGGUUGCUAUCUGACAGAGGAAAGCUGUAGAUCUCUCUCCUCAGUUCUCAGCUCAAACUUCUCCAAGCUGAGAGAGCUGGACCUUAGUGAUAAUAAAGUGCAAGAUUCAGGAGUGGAGCUGCUCACUGCAGGACUGGAGAACACACAAAGUACAUUGGAGAUACUGAGGUUGUGUUUAUGUGAUCUCUCAAAAGAAAGCUGUAGAUCUCUCUCCUCAGUACUCAGAUCCUCCAGACUGAGAGAACUAAUGCUGUGGGAUAAUAAAGUGCAGGAUUCAGGAGUGAAGCUUCUUGCUGCUGGCCUGGAGAACCCACACUGUACACUGGAGACACUGGAACUGACACGCUGCAGUGUUACAGAAGAAGGUUGUGUUGCUCUGGCUUUAGCUCUGAGGUUAAACUCCUCCUCACACCUGAAAGACCUGAACCUGGACUACAAUAAACCAGGAGCAUCAGGUGUAAAGCUGCUCUCUGAUCUUCUGAAUGAUCCACACUGCAAACUGGAGACCCUGAGCAUGAAAUAAACACCGUGUGGAAGAUGAACAAAUUAAA